AUGUGGAACGGCAGGGUGAAACCCGUUGUCACCAAGGUCCAGGCCUUGGUGAACGUGGCAAUCCCCAAAAACCAAGGCUCAGGAAACAAGUUGCAGUGUGUGAAAGCAUGGAGCAAGCAGAGGAAGGUGCUCAUGGACGUGGACGUGGACGUGGUCGCGGUCGUGGUAUUGUGGGCAGACAGCCCGGACAACACCACAUCCCCCGUCAGCAUCACAUCCCCCCGUCAGCACCACAUCCCCCCGUCAGCACCACAUCCCCCCGUCAGCAUCACAUCCCCCGGUCAGCACCACAUCCCCCCGUCAGCACCACAUCCCCCGUCAGCAUCACAUCCCCCCGUCAGCAUCACAUCCCCCCAUCAGCACCACAUCCCCGUCAGCACCACAUCCCCCCGUCAGCACCACAUCCCCCCGUCAGCACCACAUCCCCCCGUCAGCACCACAUCCCUGUCAGCACCACAUCCCCCCGUCAGCACCACAUCCCCCCGUCAGCACCACAUCCCCCCGUCAGCACCACAUCCCCCCGUCAGCACCACAUCCCUGUCAGCACCACAUCCCCCCGUCAGCACCACAUCCCCCCGUCAGCACCACAUCCCCCGUCAGCACCACAUCCCCCCUCAGCACCACAUCCCCCCGUCAGCACCACAUCCCCCGUCAGCACCACAUCCCCCGUCAGCACCACAUCCCCCCGUCAACACCACAUCCCCCGUCAGCACCACAUCCCCCCGUCAGCACCACAUCCCCCGUCAGCACCACAUCCCCCCGUCAGCACCACAUCCCCCGUCAGCACCCCUCUCUCCCAGUUCUUCUGGCUCUUUAGUAUUGCCAGUAACAAGCAAAUAA